GAGAGAGAGAGGCUGGGCGAAGGGGACAGACCUCACGUCAAGCUCACAUGAACCUCAGCAUCGUCGUCCAUGCGCCGCAUCGCUUUCAGCUGCACGCAGCUGGACAAAGAUCCCUUUUUGGAAAGACACGUGUAUGAAUCAGAUACUUUUCUCCACCUGAUACGGACAAACAGAAAUUCCUGCAACGUGAUGAAGUGCAGCAUGAGGAAGAUGGACUUCAACGUCGCGCCGCUGAUGAUCUCCUCGCCGGUCGUCCACUGAGAUCUCCGCGAUGAGAGGACACGUCGUCCGUCUUCUUCUCUUCUUGUGCGCCGUCCCGGUCGCCUCGCAACAUCUGGCUGGACUUCCUCCAUCCAAACGUAGCACCGGACUGGCCGUGACUCACCGGAAGAGCGCUCGGACCCGCGGAGAGGGCUCCGCCGCGCUCGAGUUCGGCUCCGUCUCCGAAACGGGUCAGGAGAGGCCUCGGCCGGUCGAAUCGGACCACGACAAUCUGCAAGAAAGCAGGAGGCCGCGUGCUCGCCGGAAGAGGAGCUGGCUGUGGAACCAGUUCUUCGUCAUAGAGGAGUACCGAGGACCCGAACCUGUACUUAUCGGACGGCUCCACACGGACACGGACCGAGGGGACGGACACACCGAGUACACGCUGGAGGGCGAAGGAGCGGGCUCGGUGUUCGUCAUCGACGGCAACACGGGCAACAUCCACGUCACCAAGUCUCUGGACCGCGAGGAGAAGGACCAGUACCGCCUGACCGCCGCCGCCACCGACCGCCUGACGGGCCGCGCCCUGGAGCCGUCCUCGCAGUUCAUCAUCCGCGUGCAAGACAUCAACGACAACCCGCCCGUCUUCCCCGGCGAGCCCUACGUCGCCACCGUGCCCGAGAUGGCCAACAUAGGCACGUCCGUCAUCCGAGUGACGGCCCGGGACGCCGACGACCCCUCGUACGGGAGCAGCGCCCAGCUGGUGUACGCGAUCACCGAAGGGCAAGAAUAUUUCUCGGUGGACCCUCAGACAGGCGUCCUGAGGACGGCCGUGCCCAACAUGGACCGAGAGAGUCAGGAAGAGUACGUGGUGGUGCUGCAGGCCAGAGACAUGGGGGGCCACCUGGGGGGCCUGUCGGGGACCACCACGGUCACCGUGAGGCUGAGCGACGUCAACGACAACCCGCCUCACUUUCGACGCAGCGCAUGGUCGUUCUCCGUGUCAGAGCUGGCGGCGCCUGGCGUGGAGGUGGGCCGUCUCACCGCCACCGACGCCGACGUGGGCGACAACGCGCUGCUGGAGUUCACCAUCACGGACGCCGAGGAGGCGCAGACGUUCAACGUCAGCGCCAGGGAGCGAGAAGCCGUCAUUGUGCUGAACAAACUGCUGGACUACGAGACUCGUAAUUCGUACUCGUUCACCGUGGAGGUGGCCAACCCCCUGGUGGACCCCCGCUACCUGAAGAACGGCCCCUUCAAGGACCAGGCCGCGGUGCGGGUCAUGGUCCUGAACGCCGACGAGCCGCCCCGCUUCUCGCGGGCCCGGUACCACCUGGACGUGUCGGAGAACUGCCCGCCCGUCUGCUCGGUGGGCCGCGUGCGCGCCGUGGAUCCCGACACGGGGCAAAGCGGCAACAUCAGGUACUCCAUCGAUCCUCAGUCGGACCCCGAGGCUCUGUUCCGCGUGGCCUCCGACACGGGACUCAUCAGCGCGGUGAUGGAGCUGGACCGCGAGCGGGAGCAGUGGCACAACGUCACGGUCAUCGCCACGCAGAGGGACCACCCCGAUCUUGCGUCGAGGGUGGUGGUCGCCAUAGAAACGCUGGACCAGAACGACAACGCGCCGGAAUUGGACAGGCCAUACAGCACGUCGGUUUGUGACUCCGCCGCUCCGGGACAGGUUGUUCAGGUUCUACGCGCCGUCGACCGUGACCCGGGAGGGCAGGACGCGGCGGUCCACUUCAGCAUCGCGCCCGAGUCCAGCGCCGCGCUCAACCUCUCCAUCAGGGACAGCGGCGGUGUGACGGCCAGCCUGGUGCUGCAGUCGUCCUUGGAGCCGGCGCCGGGCUACUCGUCGUCCUUCGUCAGCCUCUACGUGCCCGUGGUGCUGCGAGACGGCGCCUCGGGCCUGGCCAACACGGCCACGGUCACCGUGACCGUCUGCCCGUGCCUGAGGGGCGGCAUGCGCACCGAGGAGCGGAGCCCCCGGACGCGGGGCCGGCGUUGGGAGCGCCGCGCCGUGUGCCGCCCGGCGCCGUCCGCCUCGCCCUCGGUGGUCUUCACCCUCCUCAUUUUAAUGGCGGCGCUGGCCUGCGUCACCACUCUGCUGGUGGUGUGCGCGCUGUCCCUGUCACUGCGGCGUCAGAAGCGGGACCCCCGCUCAUCCUCGGAGGACGACGACAUCCGGGAGAACAUCAUCUCCUAUGACGACGAGGGGGGAGGGGAGGCGGACACGGCCGCCUUCGACAUGGCGGCGCUGCAGAGCCUGCACGGGAUCCAGAACGUGCACAGGAACAUAUGGUACACACAGCAGAGCGCGCCACCCCCGCGGGCCAGGACGUACAGCGUGACCCGUAACCCUCACCCCGAGCCCGAGCGGCGGCCCGGCUCGGCGCCGCUCUACGGGCGACUCUGCUACGGGGUUCGCACGCUGCCCGUCCUCCGGGACUGCUACUACCAGGCCGGGCCGCUGCAGGCCGGCGUGCAGCCGCCUCUACCGGGCCGGUGCCACGCUGCCCCCGCCCGCGGGAACCUGCCGACGCAGCAGCGCCCUCCCGAGGCCGGGCGAGCGAGCGCGUUAGCGGCGCACACGCUGAGCAGGCUGACGGGCAGGAGCGAAGAUGGAACAAAGAUACACGUUGACGCAGAGAAGCCGGAAAACGUCAAGAUCAACCCAGCGGAGGUCCAGUCCGCGUCAAACAGCGGCCCGGCCAGUCUGAGCUGCUCCGACCCGACCGGUUCUCCCUGCCAGAGUCCCGGCAGCUCGUCGGCCAACCAGACUCUGAUCAGCACCGGCGCCACAAGCUGCACCGCCGAGGACGCCGACACCGACUGGUCGCAACCCUCCGUCUCCGAGCGAAGUUACCCCAAUGCCAAGCUCCCUGUUUUCCCCGUGACGGACACCUACAGCAUCGUGGGAUCGCUGAACGGAACCACGACCACGGGGACUCUACCCUGCGCCAGGACAACACCCGGCAACCAUCAACCCUUGCGAAUGGAGGACCUGCUCAACUUCCGUCUCAACCGGGUGACGUCCGACCCGUCGCAGCCGCCCUACGACUCGCUGCAGACUUACGAGUUCGAGGGCCGCGACUCACGGGCCGAGUCGCUGAGCUCACUCGGGAGCGAGGACGGAAAGGACGAUAGCGGAAAGGACCGUGCCCCGACGGCGGGAGGCGUGGAGGAGCUCAACGUCAAGUUCCAGCGGCUGGUGGAGCUCAUCAGGGAGAGGAAGUGCAGGAAGGAGCGAGAGGCCAGCGAGGCUCCCGCCCAGACCAGCCAGGUCCAAGCCACUCCUUCCCAGACCGGCCAGGUCCGAGAGAAGGUAGUGCAGAGGUGGGACUUCUAAGGGGAGGGAGGCUAGUCCCUCCCCUCAGGCUAGUCCCACAGGGAGGAAGACCCAAGACACGUUGGAGGGACUGAGGGCCUGAUUUAAAAAGAUCCCAAAUAGCGGGCGCUAAAUUCUGUGUUCACUCGCUGAAUCGACUAAGAGGUGUAACGGUGUAUUUCAAAUCGGCUUUUGCGCUUUGGGUAGCGCUGAUGGCUUGUGCAAAAUGAAGUUUGAAGUGAUGCAAUUGGAAGUGUUCGUGGCAAACAAACAUAUCACUUAGUUAGAGACAAGAAACAUGUCGUUCUGAUAACUGUGGAGAAGCUCGCAAACGUAAAAGCCACAUUUUGUUUGCUUUAACGCAUCUCGAGUGCGUGGGAAUCGGAUGUAUCUGCCCGUCCCGCAUAACGCUGCACACGCAGAAAACGACUCUGGGAGAGGCUAGCGGCAAUUGUCACCGUGCUCUGAAAUGACCUCGACCCAAGGAAAGUUUUGUCAUAGGCGAUAUGACAUGACUCCUUCUUGUGACUGGCUUCAUGUCAGCUUUGAGAAAUCACAUUUGCGUGAGUGCCAAAUUCGUCCAUUUGCAUCUGCUCCUCCCAGAAUGCGCAAAAUGACCCAGUUGACAAUUUCGCCCGUUUUGCGGAUGUAACCGCGGGUGAUCAGCUUCCACAUCGGCUGCGUGAGCAAUCGUGUUUGCGCGCGUUUUUGCACGUAGAGAUCUUUAGUAAAUCAGGCCCCGAGUCUCUCGCCGGUGGGGAGGACGAAGAGAGGGAACUCUGCGACAUCGGAUUCUGUAUUUCUCCGGGAUUUCCCGGAAGCGCCGCACGUCGUAUCACGAACACCCCCGCCCGCCGACGCCGUCGUUCCACAUCUGGCGCCGUGAGGCAAAAUGCACGGAAAAUCUUUCACUUGACACAGUGGCUAUUUAAUAAUGCACUUGGGCUUUCAACACCAAAAGCUAUGAAAAAUUCACAUUUAUUGAAAUAUUGAUUUCCACCACAGCCUGAAAUCUGCAUUGUUGGAAAAUGGGCACUCAUUCAAUAUUGAGCAGAAUAUGAUCUUGAGGAGGAAUUGGACUGAUCUGAUUGGAUGUCGCUGCGGACGCCCGAGGUGUAAAACAGUAAAACAACAUCCUGUGCAGACAAAGAACAACCCGAGUGCGACUGUUUAGUUUUUUGUUCACGAGUCGUCAGUCGGUUGCCGGGAAACGAGGAUUGGGAUGGCGAGGGCGCGCUGUUUUCGCCGAUCAUUUGCGCAGUGGAACUUGUAACUUCCCCGACGAAAUACACCUCCUUACCUCUCUACCAUCCAAAUUCCUUCCUUCCUGUCUUCCUAACUAGCUACCUUUUGUCCUACCAACCCACCUUCCUAACUGCCUACCUAUUUUUCAACCUACCUGCCUUCUUCCCUACCUUCCUCCAGUCUUUCCUACCAACCUACCUUUCUACUUACUUUCUUUCAACCUUCCCUCCUACCUACCGUCUUUUCCUACCACGCUACCUACCAACCCCUCCUUCCUAACUACCUACCAUCCUUACUUCCUUUUGACCAACCUACCUCCUUUCCGUCCAUUCUUCCUACCCACGACCCUACCAACCUUCCCGCCCUCCUACCGACCUACCUAGAUACCUUCAUUCCUUCCUUCCUCCCUACCUUCCUAGAUGUCUUCCUUCCUAACCACCUACUUUCCUUCCUUCGUUCCUUCCUUUCUGCCUACCUACCUAGUUGCCUUCAUUCCUAACUACCUACUUUCCUUCUGUCCUACCUUCCUAUAUACCUUGCAACCUUCCUGCUUAUCUUCAUUCUUUCCUACCUUCCCUCUUAGCAACUUACGUACCUUCCUUCCUUCCUUCUUUUCUACCGACAGUGGAUUAAACAAAAGAAUAAUAAUAAAGUCUAAACACCCUUCCUUGUUCAAACUGCAGGUUUCUGUGAUAUCCCAAAAUGUGACCGAGAUGAAGCAAUUCAAAACUGAACAUUAACAUGACGUGUACACCUCAGUGGAUUCAUUAUUAUUGUUAUUAUUUCCAAUAUCCACCGUAGCUACUUCUUCACACCCUUUUUGUUCAGGCCGCUCCCUCUUUUGAAACAAGUGUCGCCGCAAGAGUUAACGCCGAGAAACUGUACGAAAUGAGCUCUGGCUUCUCAGACCGAAUGGCCGUGUCCCUUUAAUGAGUUCCCACAACAGCAAAAAAAAAAAAAAACUUUAAGAUGUGUGACUCAUUUCUGCAGCUGUUUUGGAGAAAAAGUGUGAGGAUAAAAGCUUACGUUCUAACAGCGCGCUUCAAAUGUCAUUAUUCUUCCCCCUCCGCAAAGCCACUUGAGCGUCUCUCAAUCAAGCGUCCAUCCCCCCCCCCACCCCAACCCGCCCCUCCCCCCCCCUUACGAAAGCCGAGCUAAUUUCAGAGGCGAGCUCUCGAAAGGAAAGAUGAGGCGGGGAGGUGAUAGAAAGAAAAUAAA